AUGGACGCCGUCGACUCUUCUACCGGUCCCCUUUCUCCUCCCAUCGCCGUCAAUCGAGUUCAUGCUAUCGCCGCGGCCCCCGCCAACGACGCGCCCAUUCCAGUCGAUGCCGACGCCGAUGAACUCGACUUACUGGGAGCCGCCGCCGAUGAGGUCAACGACGCCCCUGUAGUCCAUCGACCGCCCGACCCGCUGCCGCAACCUUUCCUCGACGCCGUCAUCCGAGCCUACGCCCACGAUUCGCAAGCCCAAGUCAUUGUUGACGACCCGCUGUCAUGGCCGAUGUUUCGGGUGACCGAGGAAGGGAGGAUCUUGCGUGUACAUCCAGAUGAGUCUCUUUCCCUGUUUGUGCCUCGCGGUCUCGCUACCGGCGUUGUCGACUCCGACAAGCUCCCAUCGCUGCGCGAGCUCGUGCUUUCGGAGAUCCAUCGGAGCGUCGGGCACGCGGGACAUCGCAUCACCUUGGCCGCCAUACGUCCUUUGUAUUGGUGGUCGUCCAUGUCUGCCGAUUGCGCCAAGUUCUGCCAUUCAUGCGAAGAUUGUGCCCGAGGCAAAGCGUCCACUCAAGUCCCUUAUGGCCGACUGCAUCCGAUGCCGAUCCCUUCUGGCCCAUGGGAACAAGUGGCCAUCGACUUCAUGACGGGACUGCCUCCGGUCGAGUUCGAAGGGAUGAUGGUCGCUCAAAUCAUGGUGGUCACUGACACUUGGGGCAAGAUGGUCCACCUGAUUCCCCUCCCAGCCGACGCCGACUCCGAGCUCGUUGCCGACAGGUACUACGCCACCAUCUUUCGACUGCAUGGGACGCCUUCCGCCAUCGUUUCCGAUCGCGAUCCCAAGUUCACCUCGCAGUUUUGGCGAGCAUUGCAGGCGAAGGUCGGCACCGUCUUGCGGAUGUCAACAGCGGCGCACCCAGAGACCGACGGAUCGAGUGAGAACCGAAUCAAGAUGGUCACCCAAACCCUGCGCAUCAUGGUGUCGUCAAACCACGAGGCUUGGGCAUCUCGUCUUGUUGAAGCUGAGUUCGCUCUUAACUCUUCCGUUGCUGUUUCCACGUCUCUGUCGGCUUUCGAGGCGACUUACGGUUACCUUCCUCGACGCUGGCCCACCGAUUCCUGGUCUGUCUCGGACGUCCCGCGUGCGGAAGCGUUUGCCCGAAUCCGACAGUUACGGAAUCUCGAUGUAACGGACUUAAUUGCCAGCGAAAUGGGUAAAAAGAGGGAGGGUACGAGUCAUGAUAAUGAGUGGACCAAGCUCUAG